CGGAUCUGCAUGAGCGCGGCCGGCGAUGGGAGAGUCCAAAGAGGACGGCCGAGCGGUCUCCUUCUACGUCCCCAGAUCGAACGGAACGUUCAUGGAUUGCACCGUCCACCGCCCUUCUGUUGUAUCCGACACAGUGGAGCACCCGCGCAUCCUGGCUACAACUCAGGUCCAGCAUUGACCCCCCCUCCGCCCGUACGCGUGCCUCGCUCUGGUCCACCCGCCGUUUAAAUGCGACUUGUGCAUGCGCCAAACACCCGGACCUCGUCUGCAUACGCACGAACCCGCACCAGUCCACCGACUUCCCGCCAGUUCCCGCCCCGUAAAUUUCUCCUGGGCGCUCGUCAUGUACACGUCCCGAAUCGGCCUGCCGACGUCCUUUGCCCAUGGCCCUUUCGCCGGGCUCACCGUGCGCGCCGAGCUCGAGGAGCUCCAACAGGCCGACCUCGGCCGCAAGUACGCGGUGAAAGACCGCAGGCCCCUGGACCCUCCGCCGAUCCUCAAGCUCUACCUCUACGAGGUUCGCCACUGUGAUACCGCGCGCGAGACCGAGCACGAGCUGGAGUACACGCACCAAAGCUCUGGCCACAUCUGUCACGUCGACUUGUUCCCCGUUCCGACGGACGCGCGCCCGCGCGGCGCGGGGCUGAAACCCAAGCCUGAGCCCGUAAGACGGCGCAGCACUUCUCCCGCCGAGGCCGUCGACAUCUCUCCUUCUAGUCUCACCUCGCUCCGGAUAUCUCAUCCGUACUCGGCCCUCCCGCGCGGUCCCGAGCCAUCGACGCCGUCGAGAGCCACGGAACCCCCUCGGUCGGAAUCGCCCACGCCUCCGGUCCCUUCCCGAUCCCAGCCAACGGCAAGAUCCUCGAGUUCGCAUGGAUCGAGCGCCGAGCCUACCGACCCUGGCGUCCUCGCCCACUUUGAUGGAUUCCCCAUCACGGAGUCGUCCAUGUGCACAAAGGCACUCGCCGGAACCACCGUCGCGCAAGCGAGUUCCCUCGAGCAUCAGGGGAGAAAGGCGAUCAUGUUUGUCUUUUCCGACUUGGCGGUGAAGAUCGAGGGAUCGUUCAUAUUGCGAUACCGAUUCUUCGACAUUUACUCUCCGACGGCACAUCCGCCCGGCCUUGUCCCGAUUCUCGCAGAGUGCUACGGCGGACGAUUCCGAGUCUUCUCGACCAAAGAAUUCCCUGGUCUGCCGGCGUCUACCGCACUGACAAAGCACGUAUCCGUGUGGGGUGUGCGGACCAACCUUCGUGAGACAGAACGUCGAAGGAAACGAGUGCCCGACGCGUCCGAGGUGCCAUCGGUCCCCUCCGCAAGCACGGCCGGGAGCGCGCUGCAGCAGGCGCCGCACGGGCGACGCAGGAAGAUCAAGCAGGAGAGCGACGACUCGGAAGGCUACUCGACGGAUUGAAGUUCCCCGUUCCGUGCUCCUUCCCCCCUGUAUACCCCUUCCGGACGAGCGCGCGUCCUUGACCAGGACUUUUUCGCGUCCGUGUCCCUCCUCGUAACGCUAUGGAUCGCAGCCUCCUUUUGUCAUGGGUUCUGUGUGGUCGUCUCUCUGUACAACAUGUGGCAACGGCUUGACCGGCAUCGAUUCUCUAUAUCUCCGAUUUCGUCCGCUGCCAUGGCGCGCUGUCAAACCUUCCGCUCCCCCGGGCCAAACAAAUCCCCCCGUUAUCACGUUGCUGGCAUUUCCAUUUUAUCCGCCGGGGCCGUGGACGCAGGUACCGCGCUUAGGCAUCGCGGUGUUCUUGGGCGCGUAAGGAUGGGAUCGAUAUCGUCCAUUGACCCACUUCACCGGUGUGGAUAGCACAAGCAGAAGGUCAUCGAUCACCUACUACGUACGCCCAAGAAAUUGCGCUUACUUGCCGUACGUUUGGUCUUGAUGCCGACCGCCACCCGCUUUCUGGAUGAGAGAACUCGCGCAUGUGAUCACGCUUAUCGAAUCAACCGGUUUCAUUGGAGCCCUUCAGGCCAACGGAGAACAUCGUGACAAUGCAUAGCGAUAGCAACAACAGCGACAUCGGCAAGCAAUAAGCAGUGAUAAUAACAACUCUCGAUAGCGAUGGUGAAAUCCGUGAGACCGUUGCGGGACGAGACCGUCCGUCCGCGACUUACUAGAUUGCGCCCAGGCAUUUCGGGCACUUCAACGCGGGCACCUCGUCGGAAACGAGCGUUCUCGCCAUGCAACCCUCCUCGUCCUUCUCCC